AUGAGUUUCGAAGACGACGAAUAUAGUAGCGUCUCUUGGGAUACUGGGGCUACUGAUUCCUUUAAGCCCGAAGAUUUGCUGGACGAAGAUAAUGAAGAGCCCUCUCAAGAUCUUGAUAGUUCAACUUUUAGUGCAGUUAAUAAUUCUAUAUUUUCAACAUUGGCACCUUCAACGAUUAAUCAUUCCAAUUCCAACGAAGAACAUAAAGACAAUCAACAUCCUACUACAGAUUCAUUUGUUCCUAAUAUUACGGUACCCGUAGCACACGCUAUGACCAUAACUGUUACUGACCCGAUUAAAGAACUUGAUGGUACUAAGGAAGCCUUCAUCUCCUAUCUUAUUACCACAAAGACUACUUUAGAUUCAUUCACUGAUCCAAAAGUGGUUGUUAGGAGAAGGUUUCAAGAUUUUGUAUUGUUACAUAAUUCUCUUAAUCAAGAUUUUGCCGCGUGUGUAGUUCCACCGUUACCUGAUAAACAUCGAUUAGAAUUCGUUGAAAAACGUCGUGCAAGUCUUCAAAGAUUUUUAGAUAGAUUAGCUCGUCAUCCAACCUUACAAAACAGUGAAUAUUUUAGAAUAUUCUUAGAAUCAAGAGAAUGGAAUGCUGAAUCAUUAUACAGGCAAAAGAAGUCUGACGGAGUUUUUGAAAAUCUAGGUGAUGUGCUACUUAAUGCGUUUUCUAGAAUUAAGAAACCUGAUGAAAGAUUCGUUGAGAUUAAGGAAAGUGUUGAUAAACUUGAAGAAAACUUGCAAACAAUCGAAAGGUUAUAUUUUAAGAUCAUUAAACGACAGACAGAUCUGGAUGCUGAUUAUAGAGAAUUCGGUGCUAGUAUCGUUAACCUGGGACAAUUGGAAACUGGGAUUUCCAGGCAACUCGAGAAAUUUGGAGAGGCAAUUAAUAAAUUUUCGGAUGCAUGGAAGCAAAUGACGGAUCAAGAAGAUCAUGAAUAUUUGAAUCAAAUUCGAGAAUUUCUUUCUUAUUGUCACUGUAUCAAGAAUGUUUUAAAACUUCGAGAUCAGAAACAAGUUGAUUUUGAAGAACUUUCAGAAUAUCUUCAAGGAGCUAGGACUGAGAAAGAAAAUAUUUUAAGUACUGGUAAAGGAUCUAUGGGACUUUCUUCAUUUUUACGCGAAAAAGUGGAUUAUAUUAAGAAUAUUGAUCAAGAACAAUCUAAAAAAGAGAGGAUACAAAAAUUAGAUGCCAAGAUUAAUGAGUUGAGCAAAGAGGUUGAGAGUAGUAAUGACAUUUCUGAGAAAUUCUCUGAUGAGGUAGCCAGAGAAUACGAAAUAUUUCAAAAUGCAAAGACUGUUGAAUUAAAAGAAUGUUUGCUAGCUUAUACCGAUAGACACGUUGAAUUUUAUCGUCAGGGGAUGCAAUUAUGGGAAGAGAUAAUUCCUAUUCUAGAAGAGAUUAAAAAUUAA